UUUCCCACACUGUGUCACUUCCUGGUUUUCUCGGACGAUUAAAAAUAAAACUGCCCGUAUUAUUUUGGCGGUUCUUUAUUAAUAGCGGCUUUUAAUAAAACUUUGUGAUUAUAACAAGCCUCUACCAGACUGAUUCGAGGACAGUGUGGACAAAAUGAAGGAAGUACUCGUGUGUUUCGGCGUCGUGUUUCUGUGCUCAGGCUUCCUCAUGGCGUCAGACGUGUUCACUUUAAACUGUGCCGAGUCCGUAAUCAUGGGGAAAUUUGGAUCCUCUGUGAUUCUCCCAUGUUGGCUUACCCCUGAGAUCAAUGCGGAAACUUUGGAGAUUCGUUGGUAUCGACCAGAGAAGUUCCAAGCUCCAUUUCAGUUUUAUCAGAGUGGUAAAUUCAUCACGGAUAAUCAGGGGUCAUACAGGAAUCGGAGCUCAUUGAGUCCAAGAAACCCUCAGUCCACUGGGCUGAAUCAAGGGGACGUCUCCUUAAGGUUGGACAACCUCGGUAUGUCAGAUAUAGGUAUUUUUCACUGCUACGUGAGCGGAGACAAAUCAUAUCAGGACAAGUCUGUAAACCUCAGUUUAACUGCUCUAGGCUCUCCGGCUCACCUUUCUCUGCAGCACCUGCAGGACUCUGUGAACCUCAGCUGUUCUUCCUGUGGCUGGUUUCCUCAACCAAGGCUCCUGUGGAACUCUCCAAAUGAAAAAGGAGAUGCUCUUUCUAAUACCCAAUCUCCCGUUUACCGUCAACAAGAGAAUGGACUGUUUUGUGCUUACGGCUGGGUCAUCCUCUCAUCUUCAUUCUCUAAAUCAAUCUCUUGUUCUGUCAGUCUAUCAGAAGAUGAGAAGAGGGAUAUGAGCUUCGAUUUAGAUGCUCGUCCAUCAGAUGAUACUAGUGGAUUGUGGAAAAUACUUUUCGGUCUAUUGCUGUUUUUACUGGCAGCACUGAUCGGCGUUGGGCUCUACAAAAUAUACUCAGCACGAAAAAAACAUGAUUACAUGCCAGGUAAGACUUUUUCUCAUCAUUCUUUCCAUAUUAUUGCUUGAUUUCAUUUUCCUAAUGACUUAAAGUCUAAUGUGCUGCAGGAAAUAGUUAUAUGUUUGUUCUGUAAUUGAUUUAUUACUGUUCUAUUUUCAGUUGAGAUGAAAGUCUUGGUAGA